AUGACUUCUGAAACAACGUUUUCUAAAAUUCCUGAAGAUGUGAUGGCACAAAUUUUGAAAAAGUGCGGAUUUUUAGAAAUAAAAAUGGGCACUCCACCUCCGACUCUUCUAACAAUUCCGGAAGUUCCAAUUAAACGAAUCACCGAGUUUUGCGAUUUAAAAUCCAUGAAAUGUGUUUUGAGAGUGGCGAAGAUUACUGUAGAGGAUUUAAGGAUUUUGAAAGAGGAAUACUCCCAAAAUCCAAAUUUCAAGAAAAUUGAGCUACUUUUCGAGCGAAUCAAUCUCAAAAACGAUUUGAAAUCUAUAUAUGGACCACCAUCGCUGCAGGACCCAAAUCAUUGGAAUACUCCAAACAAUUUAGACCAAAAUUUCGAAGAAAAAACUCAUUUUUGGUAUUUUCAAAUUUCUGGAUUCUUCAAAUUUUUUGUCAAACUUGCCAGAUGUGGUUUUGAAGGAAAUUUUGAAAAAAUUGGAUGUGAGAGAAAUGAAAAUUCUCAAAAAUUAUUUCUGGAAGAUUUAAAAUUGAUUUUUGGAAAUUUUGGAAAACAAAAAAUCGAAAUUCAACUUUUUGGAUUUUCUGGAAAGCUUUUCCCAAUUGUCCACGAUUUCCUAAGACUCCGCCCACUUUUUGUGGAUACUGUAAUUUUCAAAAUGGCUGAGCAAUCGGAUAUUUUUCGAAUUUUGCGGUUUUUGGACACCCGGAAAUUGAAAACUAUACGAAUUUUCGAUGUAAUUAAGAAUUUUCAAAGUUUCGAGAUUUCGAAAAUUUCUGAAUUGGAACAAUGGAAUUUGGCGGAAAAAAUUACAAUUGAAAAUCCGGUGAAUUCGAAUUUUUUGGAAAAAUUCAGCCAUUUUAAAGAUAUUUAUUUGACUCUGGAAUCUAUGAAUUCGGAAGAUUUGGAGAAAUUGAAAGAGAUCUUCCUGGCCUCCUCUUCGAUGGAACAAUUCAUAUUCACGUAUUACAAGAUUUACGAUGACCAAAAUUUUUUAUUCCAAAAAAAUCGAUAUUUCAAAAUUUCGAACUUCCCGGAAGUUUUGGAAAUCAUACAUCAUCCAGCAUGCAAAUACGUCAUUUUUCAUCGGCUGAAAAUUUCAGAUGUCCCUGAAAAUGAAAAAAUUGAGUAUUGA